UUCACAUCACCCACUGUGUGGCUCCAAAGCAUUCGAAACUUUCAAAUGCAAAAGAACAAGCGGUGAGACGCACAGAGAGCUCCCUCUCAAUGGCGAGCACUGCUUCUUCUACACUCGGAUUGCCCAAACUCCACUUCCCACAAUCAUUCACGCACAAAAUUUCAUCUUCAUCAUCGACUCUCCCCAGGAAAACUCGGGUUCCUUCGAUUUCUUCGAAACCAAGCAGAAUAAUAUCAAUAUGUUCGUGUUUAACAGAUAGUUCUUCACUCGAAGCAGUCGAAGCAAUCAUCCCCAAAGUUCAAGUCGAAACAUGCACCUGGAAUUGGAAAGGCUAUUCAAUUCGAUACCAGUACGCCGGAAACAGUGGCCCUGCAUUGGUUUUAGUUCAUGGAUUCGGAGCAAACAGUGAUCAUUGGCGCAAAAACAUCCCUGUUCUUGCAGAAUCAAAUAGAGUAUUCUCAAUCGAUCUUAUUGGCUAUGGUUAUUCCGACAAACCAAAUCCUCGUGAUCUAGGAGACACUCCAUUUUAUACAUUUGAGACAUGGGGUUCUCAAAUAAACGACUUUUGUACAGAAAUAGUUAAAGAUCAAGCAUUCUUUAUCUGCAAUUCAAUCGGAGGACUUGUUGGUCUUCAAGCAGCAGUUACAGAUCCAAGCAUCUGUAAAGGCAUUGUUCUUCUAAAUAUAUCUCUUCGUAUGCUUCAUAUAACAAAACAACCAUGGUUUGGGAGACCCUUGAUUAGAUCUUUCCAGAACUUACUGAGGAAUACCCCUGUUGGAAAAUUCUUCUUUCAAAGUGUCGCAACACGAGAAUCUGUUAAGAAUAUUCUUUGUCAGUGUUAUCAUGAUACUUCCCAAGUGACUGAAGAACUAGUGGACGCAAUCCUUCUUCCAGGGCUUGAGCCUGGUGCUGCUGACGUGUUCCUUGAAUUUAUUUGUUAUUCAGAUGGCCCGCUUCCAGAAGAACUACUGCCUCUAGUAAAGUGUCCGGUGUUGGUAGCAUGGGGGGAUAAAGAUCCUUGGGAACCCGUUGAACUCGGAAAAGCUUAUGGACAAUUUGACAUUGUUGAAGAUUUUGUUGUACUUCCUGAUGUUGGUCAUUGUCCUCAGGAUGAAGCGCCUCAUUUGGUGAACCCAUUAGUCGAGUCUUUUAUCGCACGCCAUGCAACGAUGAAAAGUUAGUUUUUGUUAAUUGAUAAAUGAAAAAUUACCAUUUUGUUGUUUUAUUUGGUUCAAAAUGAAGGGCUGUUUUUUUUUUCCUGGUAUCAAACAAGCAAGUGUAUUAUUGUAUGUAUACUGAAAUGGUUGUUUAUAAAAUGAUUUAUAAGGAAAAAGAUGAUUGAUAUUUGAUA